AUGGCCAUUACUGCUGAGGACGAUUCUUUCGCAGGAAAACGACAUGGGUUACCCAAACUACGUCAACGACGGGCGAGCGCCGAGCAACCGCUCGAAACCCUUUUGGACUCGACCACUGUCAGCGACGAUGCCUUAUUGCUCGACGCCUGCCAGGCCAAGGAAAUAGACAGGUUUCGCAACGAGAUUCGCCUCUGCCAGGACGAAGCAACAAGAUAUAGGCUAUGCUUACAGACACGAGAUGAUCUACUCAGCCAACACUCAAGCCUGCAGUUCCUGAUCGCUGCAUUCGACCAGGUUAUGCUUGCCGAGUGCGCUGAGUAUCAUGCUUGGAGGAAGAACAGAAACAAGCCGUCAAGCCGACUAACAAAUUCCCGAGAGGACGAUAUCUCAGUAUGGGAGCGCUUCGUAGGUGUAGCGAACGAAGGAAUGGAGAUCAAGUACAAGUGUCUGUCGGCCCUGACGGAGGUGAGCCGUUGCUGGGGACUCGACAAGGUCCAGCACUACCACUGGGCUUCUAAAGGAGAGAAGUACUGCAAGGUUCUGCGCACGGCAGCCCGAGCCGUUCCCGAAUGGGCCGAGGCUGCGAUAAAAUUGAACCGGGUGAUGCUUGGACGACACCAACGUGUUGGAGCUCGUCUCGUCAAGUUAGUAGCUAAUCCGAUCGAGCAGAGGGAUCUGGUCACUCUCAAAGCAUGGACAUGCAAACAGGCCUAUGUGAAACAGAACCGCCGUGGCCAGCAUUCCCUUCUAUUCGAAAAGCUCGCAGAUACAGACCUGCCCCAGGGGUUUGGCUUCGACAGGUUUGGACUCAUGGUUGGGAAGGAGUUCGCCGUUGCAUCAGCCGAAAACGACACUCACUCGUUAGUCGUGCCGGAAGCUGCCUCGGAAGGCGACAUUCGGAUUCUCCGCUGA